AUGUUCCGCUGGCUUGUCAAUGUCGCCUUCCUGGCUCUGCCCAUAGCCGCCACGCUGGGCAUCCUGCUCGGCCUCCAGGCCCAUCGACAGGCUUCGGGACAGACGCCCUUGUUCGUCCCACCCCUCGACAACAAGUGGGUUGAGAAGACGUACUGCCAAAAGUCGACUGGUAUCCAUCCGGAAACAAAGGGUCAAGAAUACACCCUCAAUCCCAACCAGUGGGCGUGGAACAAGGGAGAUCCAGGCUUCUUGUGCAUGAACGUCACGACCUAUAACAACCAGACUUAUGCGACCGGGACCACGGCGCCUCAGUUUAAUGUCGUCUGGGAGUAUCCCCAAGCAAAGGCGACCGACCAACCCGUCCAUGCCUUCCCCAACAUCAAGGUCGACGGCGACGUGCUCCCCGCCAAGCUCCAAAGUGUCAGUAGUAUUGGCAUCGACAUGGCGUGGACCAUGCGACUGGACAACAAGACGGGCGCGUCGACGAGCGUCGACGAGCUCACGGCCGCCAACGUAAACUCCAACGUCGCCAUCGACAUGUUCCUAGACAGCGACAAGUCAAGGGCCGCAGACAGCGAAAAGGCAAAGUACGAAGUCAUGGUGUGGUUUGCCGCUAUUGGCCCCGCCACGUUUGCCAUUGGCCAGGGCAACGGCACCGUCACGACAAAGACUUUGGACGGGACGAAAUUCAACCUGUACUAUGGCCGUAACGGCCGGGAACAGCACGUUCUGACCUGGAAGGCAACCGAGACUGCCCACGACUUUCACGGUGAUAUUUCGCCCCUCAUCGAGGAGAUUCUCCAGUCCAACGAGCCAAACUACCCCAAAAAGGCAGACUACCUGGGCUAUUUCAGUUUUGGUUCCGAAGCAUACUACUCUAACAAGCCCGUCACAUUUUCUGUACCAUCAUUGUCAAUAGAUAUCCGGAUUUAUUGA